ACCACUUGAAUUUGAGUUCAACGUUGCCUUGGGCGCAGUCGCUUUGUCGAGCGGACCUAUGUCGGGCCUCUUCGGGCCGCACAGCGGCCACCGCCAAAGCAGGCCCCCUUCCUCCCGUGGUGCAAAUAGUGCCAGUUCACGGUUACUGGUGCCAACAGAACAGAGACACGGCGGGAACCGCCAGUCACGGAAUUUUGAAGAUGCAUUGAAUAGCGACGGGACCGUGCACAUCACGCCCAGCGUAGAUGAAGACAAGCUUGGUGUGGUGUCACCCCAAUCCAGCCGACAUUUUGCGGGAGAAACUUCCUUCGUGGAUGAUAGUAUUGACUCGUCACUGACAAUAUCACGGAAUCAUCCUCAAUUAACUUUGCAACCAGCGACACCCAAAGUCGUUCCCCCUACUCCUGACGCGAAUCCCGUCUCUUCGUCCACUUUGAAACCUGCAAAUCCUCAAUCUCCAGAUACUUCUGAUUCUAUGGAAGAGGCGGAAACAGACCCAAAACGACGAAGCUUGCUACGUUCCCCGGGCACGUCCAGCAGUCCUGAUCUUGCAACCCUGGUUCAAAAGGCGAAAGAACGUGGCGGCAUUGUUGGUGUAAACAAGACUCCUGUGGGUUCCAAAGCCUCUUCAGCACUCCAAGUGCCGGAACCCAAGACCAUUUCGGUUGCGCCAUCGAGUUACAAAUAUCCCGCCCUCCUCACUCCCGCUUCCAAUCCACGCAAUAGAGCGGCGUCCUCAACUUCGUCGUUUUCUAUCAUUUCACCUGACCCUCUGUCACCAUGCCCAUCCCGCAUAGAAUCAACCCAUGGAAAGAAAAGUGGAAAAUCCUCUCUCAUCUCAAUACAGAACAAUGCAUCUAUGCUCUCGUUAAACUUCGGGUCCAAGGAUAAAGAUUCAAAGUCCUCCAUGCGGGCAAAGACAGGAGCGUUUUUCAACAAGUUGAUACUAAGCAGCAGCGCGAAAGACAAGAAACGUUCCAAUUCCGUCACGGUACCUAAUUCCCCCAGUGCCCGCUCCUCUUCGCGCAGUCCUGUACCCCCUCUUCCCACAACAUCUCGGUCUUUCUCCUCGAUGCAAUCUAACGAUGUCUUCUCAUGCCCUCCCUCUACGGGGCCCAAGCAGCUUCCAACAAUUCGCGCUUCAGUCGAUUCCAGAGUUUCGGAGGAUGACAGACCCUUGUUCCCUCCGAGUUAUGCGCCUGUGUCUUCAUUGCCACGUGCUGUCGAGCACCCGCAAAAUGCCACAAUCAAAGCUGGGCGACGGCGAAGCAUGAGUGUUGGUAGCAUUGACGUUUCGAGGCUCUCUCCUUUUGACACUUCGGGCAGAAAGUCAGGGGAAAGCAUAAAGAAGGGAAUCACAGACUUGGGGGAUGUUGUUAUAGCUACGGAUGACUUUAGAUCCGCUUUCAAAGGUUUAGCUCACCCUAUCACCCCGCGAAAAAGCGCCUUUGAUCCUCGGCCAAGCAUGUCCUCAGACAGGUCCAGUCGCACCUGGAAACCAGACGGUUCCGAUCCCAGCAGUUCUGGGAAGACUGAUCCUGGCGCUCGAACACCUCCCCAAGCAGCUUCAUUAUCCGAAACUCCAGAUGAUUUCGGCACAAGACCAUCUCGAGUAACUUCCAGAAAUUCAGAUGAAGAUAGCUUCUACACACCUUCAUCUACUCCGGCAAUCACCGUCCAUUUGGCUACACCCACCUCUUCUCAAAAUGGACAUAGCGAUUCGUCUGAUCAUUCCAUGGCAGGCGAAACGACCAUCACAGCGUCUCCUCGGCCAACAAACCUUCGCCUCCCUCAGCGGAGCCCCAACCCGUUUCAGACUCUGUCCUAUCAGUCAUCUCCCUCUUCUGCGUCUGCAUCGCCAAAUCCGCGGGUCGCUUCUCUUCGAACCUAUCGCCAACCUCCCAACCGUUCAGUCUCGAAUGCGACAACAUCGUCCGUGCAAUCUGCACCUCUUACCGGAAGUCGCCCUCUCACUCCCCGCAGCAGCACGGACCCACGCUCGCCAUCAAGGGAUGCACGGGUUUCCCGAAUCCAGCCACGUCAUGCGGCCUCUGCUUCCGAACCUAUUCUCGUGGAUGAGAAGCCUGUUAUCACAGAGGAUGGUUUCCUUGCCUCGGGUCACCGUACCAGUAAUGGCGCAGUUGGAUUAGACAGAAGAGGCUCGACAUAUUCACACCCUAGCUCGAUGGCUUCGUCUUCGGAUCUAAACUCGUCAAGGUACCCUUCUUCAACCAAGAUUCAUCUGGAACCAGAAGAAUUGGAAGCUAGGGCAAAGGAGUAUGCAGCGAAAUGCUGGAAUGAGGAUAUGGGUUUCCUAGCAAUGGAAAAGAUUGCAGAGUGGCUUGGUGGAACCGACCCUAUUCGAAAGCAAUCCUUGAAGUACUACAUGGACAACUUCGAUUUCAAAGGCAUGCGGUUGGACAAUGCUUUCAGACGUCUCUGCAAUAAACUUUAUUUAAAAGGAGAAGCACAGCAAUUGGAUCGCAUUUUAGAGGCGUUUAGUGUGAAGUUUUGGGAAUGCAAUUCCCUCCCCGUGUAUCAUAGUACUGACGUCGUGCAUGCGGUCGCUUACGCUUUAUUGCUUCUAAACACGGAUCUUCACAUUGCGGAUUUGCUGACAAGAAUGUCUCGGGCCGACUUUUUGAGAAACACCCUCGCUGUUGUUCAGCCUUUGCUGAAUAAACCUGCAGAACAAACAGCGGACCGGCCAGAAUUGCGGAUGUCAGAGACUGAUGAUGAUUCUGACACUGACACGGAAGACGUUCAGGAGCCAACCACAUCUUCCCGCGCCUCGCGCAGUCGAGCGAAGCUCAGGACAGGAAGUUUGGCAAGUUGGAAGAGCUCGUCAAACCCAUCUCAGUUAGCGAUUCAAUCCACCAAUGCCCCUAACCCAGCUGAAGAAAGUCGAGUUUCCCUUAAUUUACCGCUCGGUUCAUACUUUGAUUCACCGGGACGGCGUCCAAGUCGCGAUAUCGGAGCAGCGCACUCUGGGACUAAGGCAUUGGAGGCGGAGCUGGAGACGUUGUUGAAGGAUAUGUACAAUUCUGUCAAGGCUCAGCAGAUUACACAACCUGUUCUCGGGAGUGCUCCUGGCUCAGCAUCUUCACUUGCUCCAGGAUCGCCUAUGUCGAGGAGCCGGAGUCAGCGUGGUUAUGGUGGCCCACCUGACCGUAUGAAACGAGGAAGUAUCCGUGGUCUGCAAACAUUGCUUGGUUCUCAAAGCCCGUACGGCAGUAAUAGCAGCAGCAGCGUCGACGGACGUAUCAGCCCCUCGCCCAGUUUUGCCACCUCCGCCGGGGAUGGAUUCUCGGCAGCCAGUUCUACCUUGUUCACUCCCACCCUAGGAUUUGCAUCUAAUCUGUCACAUUCCAUCAUUAAGGAAGCACAAGAGGAUGAUGGACGCAGCGUUCGCAGCGCCGUCUCAGAUUCAUCUAACGUCAGCAUUUCGGACGAAGAACUUGCGCUUCUAGGUGCUCCUUGGGCAAAGGAAGGCAUGCUCUGCCGGAAGCAGUAUUGGGAGACAACAAAGCGCCGAGCAAAGGAUAAGUCUUGGAUGGAUGUGUUCGUAGUUAUACAGAAGGGAACGAUGAGCAUGUUUACUUUUGGUGGCCGAGGAGCCUCAGGGGGAGCUGGAAUAGGUGUUGGCGGUGGAAACUGGCUGGCAAAUGCGAACCCCAUGGGAGAGUUCACCCUCGCUCAUUCCUUGGCUCAUAGCCUUCCUCCGCCUGGUUAUAAUCGCCAGAGACCCUAUUGCUUUGUCUUAACGCUUGGUUCCGGGGCCGUCUUUUUCUUCCAAGCAGGUACAGAAGAGCUAGUGAACGAGUGGGUGUCAACAUGCAACUACUGGGCUGCUCGACAAUCAAAAGAGCCUCUCUCGGGUGGUGUAUCCAAUAUGGAGUAUGGUUGGAACCGCCUUUCGAAUCAAAACGAUGAUGACGCGGCGAAUGACCUCCGGGCUCAAAAAGAUCGUACGGAUACGUUUAGCAUCCGGAGUGGAAAGAGUGCUAAGCUGUCUAAGAGAAGCUGGGGCGACCUUCCGGGGACAGUACGCAGUCCCCACCAUUAUAUUCCUCCAGACCGGAUGUUCAUCCACGACUGGCGACCACCUCUCCCUCCUGCCCUGGCGAGUACGCAUGACGAGGAGACGCAGCUCGAGGCACUACAGAAACAAGUGGUUGUGCUGAAGAAAGAGCUCGCGCAGCAUAACGACCUCCGAAGUCCAAUGCAGGAAUUAUUCACUGGACGCACCAACAACACGACAAAAGCGCUAAAUAACUGGGAACAGAAAUCCAAAUACCUUCUUGCUGAGAUCAUCAAAUAUGAAUCAUACGUGGAUUCACUGCAACAAGGCAUGACCCUACGCUUGAAGAAGCGCGGUGAGAAAGUACUAGAGAAGGCUCUUGUCACUCCCAAUCCUCACGACGAUUACGGUGAUCAUACGCUGGCGUCUUCAUCCCAAAAUAGCCGCGUGACAAAUAGGGGCGUACCGAGAGAGGAAACUAUUCAAGAGGCGGAGGAACCACUAACGCCAGGACCUUUAUCGAAGUUCGGUGCGACUUGCCACCGGAAAGAAUCCGCGGAUACGGGUCACUAGUUAGACACCAAAUUCUUGGGACGAGUUCAUUGUUACAUUCGUUAAUUAUUCCGUGACAAUAUUAUCUCGUGAGAUUUGCACACACAACUUUCUUUUUUCUUUUCUUUUCGAGUUGAUGCAUAACGGCACUCGUUUGUAAACAUAUAUGCUAUACCCUCCCCACCCUCCGUCCUCUGAUUGAUUACGAUUAUCACGACUACGAUUAAACUAAUUCAUUCGACGCAGGUUACUUUUUUUUUGCACUUGACACGACAACCCAAAGUGGACGGGGUUUCGACUCCGUAGCCAGGUCUUUGGCAACCAAGUUACGUACGAACAUCAUUCACUGAUUGAGAAGUCUUUCCCUUCAUGAUAUCUGCAGAUUCAGCGUAUACUAGAUCCU